AUGAUAACUAAAAGGAGAAAGCUGCCAGAAGAUGAAACAGUAGCAUUGAGUGAGGAGUGCAGCGUGAUCAUUCAACGCAAGAUCCCUCCCAAACUUAAAGAUCCAUGGAGUUUUAGUCUACCUUGCUCCAUAGGAAAUUUUCAUAAUAUAAAUUGUUUAAUUGAUUUAGAAGCUAGUAUUAUCUUAAUUUCCCUACCUCUUUACAGGAAAUUAGGAUUGAGAGAUCCCAAGGUCGCUCCGAUCAUCCUUCAACUAACGGAUAGAUCAUUAAAACACUCCUGUGGAAUAGUUCAAAACAUGUUUAUCAAGGUGGGAGAAUUUAUUUUUCCAGCUGACUUCAUCAUCCUCGAUAUAGAAGAG